AACGAACAAUAACGAUUUGGUAAACACGACACAGUUUGCAAACCGAGCAGAGGAAGUUUACAGGAAAUUAAUGUGAAUUAUUCUAUAAGGUUUUUCUACUAUUUUCACGUCUGUUAAGGACCGAAUUAUAGUUAAUCAUUACAACACUGUGCACUGUACUUAUUAUGAUUUAAUUAAAGUUCUCUAAAUAGUAGAUUUAGAAAGAAGCAUACAAUUUUUAAUUAAGUUAUUGUUUAUUGUGUUCAGAACUAAUAUUAAAAUGAGUGAUACAAAGUUAAAUUUACAUAUUAUUUUUAUCGUUUUAUGUAUAUUUUUAAAAGGAAUUCGCGCCGUAGAUGACUCGUUACUAUUCUCCGUGACGCGAGCGCCUCGGUAUUUCGGAAUAUUACAGGACCACCGUGGUCAGCCGCUCUCCGUGGAAGUCUCAGAGGAGUACAUGGACCAGGAUUAUAUAGCUACUAACAGGAAACGGCACAAAAUCAAUUGGAAUCAAAAUCCAUUGGACAUAGAUGAUUUUGACGAUGACGACACUGAAGAAGUAAUCGAUGAGAAAGACAAAGACGUAAAAGUGCCCAAUAAAUAUAAUCUGCAGGCCGGUCCUGUGUAGACAUACCUAGUAUUUAAAUUAAGAUAACUUUAUUUUUUUUUUACAACGCAGGGGGCAAACUAGCAUGCGGCUAUUUUUAAACGAUAUGAAUAUUAAUAAUUUCGAAAUAAUUUUAUGAUAAAUAUAAAAUUGUACGAGUAAGUAAAUGUUUUUCUUUUUUUCAUUUAAGAGUUUCCUCUUGUCGGUGCAACUAAUUCAUGCAUCUUCCUCCAGCCAGCUCUAUCCCAGGCCAUAUCCUUUAUCUCCCUAUACGACAUGAC